AUGAGACUUCUUAAGAGCCUUUUUGCGAGCUGUCUCGGUGGUAGCGAGGACCCGCGGGGCGUAACUUCGCCGACCGAAACGCAGCAUGACAGUUCCCGGUGCAAGUUCUGUAGCGCUUCGCCGGAAAAUGGCUUCGAUGUUGUCUGGGAGGACGAAUCUUUCACCGUAUUCACGGACCGAGAUCCAGCAGCUGCGCACCAUUUCCUUGUAAUUCCCAAAAUCCACAUUGACAAUGUCAAAUCGUUGACAGCAAAAGACGCUCCAAUGGUCAGCAGAAUGUCCGAGAUUGGCCAUCGUGUCUUGGACGAUCUGAAGGUACCUACAACAUCACAACGUUUGGGUUUCCAUAUACCCCCUUUCUUUUCAGUCAAUCAUCUACAUAUGCAUGCCCAAGGCUUGCCUUAUUGUUCUACCGCACGAGCUCUUAAGUACCGCGUAUCCGCUGGUAGCGGGGCGCACGGUAAGGGGUUCAGCUGGUUCUGCGAAGCAGAUCAGGCUGUUCGCAUCUUAGCGAAAGGCGGCCAAAUUGCAGUCUUCCCUUGCUGA